CCAUGGUGCGUAUGAACGUUCUUAGUGAUGCCUUGAAGGCAAUCAACAAUGCUGAAAAACGUGGAAAGCGACAGGUGUUGUUGCGACCUUGUUCUAAGGUGAUUGUCAAAUUCUUGACUGUCAUGAUGAAGCAUGGUAAGUGAUAUAUUACAUAUAUACUUAUAUAAUUAUAUAUAAAUCUUACCGGAAGAUUAAAUAAAUGUGGCGUCAUUUCACCUAGAUUUGAUGUACCUAUCAAUGACAUCGAGAAGUGGACCAACAAUCUCUUACCUUCGCGACAGUUUGGAUAUGUUGUAUUGACAACUAGCGGAGGAAUUAUGGAUCAUGAGGAGGCGAGGAGAAAACAUCUUGGAGGAAAAAUAUUGGGAUUUUUCUUCUAAUUUUUUAGUUAAGUAAAUAAAGAUGUAAACAAAAAA